CGAGAAUAGCCAGUUGAAGGAUAGCGCAAACAAGAUAGCGCUCCUCCUCUCGCAUCUCAUGGAUCUCCUGGCAACCUGCAUUACACAGCAGGCAGAGAUCCUUGGUCUCGACAGAUCGUUAGCUCACCUCCAAUACUGUUUUCAGCGGUUGGAGCAGCGACCAGUCGCCGCCGACGACGCAGGCUCUUCCACUACUGUCGACCGCCUCAAUGCAUUGGAGAUGCACGUCGGCUCACUCCAGGAUGGCGCACAGUUACAGCUCACCGCGACGCGACAGUUGCAGCAGCGGGUCUGUACCACAGCCACUACCUCGAGUACAGAGCCGCGCGAGUCAACUCCAAAGUUUGACGGGCAGGAGAUCUUUUGCGACUCUAUGAAGACAGAUCCGAUUCCAUGGUUUCGCAAUUUCGAGCUCACGCUGCAGCUGUCCGACGUCAAGGAACACAAGCAUCAUGCCUACUUGUACUCUCGCUUAGGGGUUGCGUGUCAGGCUUGGUUGGACAACCUCCUGUCCAAGUACGGAGUAGUAGAGGCCGACUUGCACACCAAGAUCAGUUGGGAUGACCUGAAGGCGGCGUGGCACAAGCAGUUCCAGGUGGAGCCGCCAAAGAUCAAAGCCAUAGACAAACUCAUGGUAUUCGAGCAAGGCACUCUGCCGAGUACAGACUGGAUCGCCGAGUACCAACGCUUGACGUCAGUCCCAGACAUCCAGAUGGGCUUCAAGGCCAUCCGCCAUUACUUCAUCUCAAGGUCAUGUCCGACAUUAAGCAAUGCCCUGACUCAUGUCGAGGACACCUUGACGACGACGGCGGAGUUGUUCGACAAGGCUGCGCAGAUCAUUAUCACGAACAAGGAGGCCAAGAACCUCCGUUCAUCUGCGUCAGACCCGAGCAGGGACCAGCAUCGGCCAAGAGUGGUCGUGGUCGCAGCGGCAGCGCCGUUAGACCAAACCAACGAGGCUGUGUCUGCCAGUGAAGGGGACAUAUUCGUAGCCGCCCGGGAAGGGUUGCCCAUUGAAAGGCAAGGGCAGACAGGGAAACUGAGCACCGCCGAGAGUGACGCGACGACACUCUCGACGCCUUCGGAACUGGUUUCUUCGCGAGUAACCAGCCUUCAUUCCGAGGCGCACGCGGAAGUCGACAGUGCUCCGCUUCUACUUUCUUUCGAGGACUAUGCUGCCCGGCUCGUUCCAACGCUGGGUACUCAAGCUCAAGGACAAGGAGUAAGUGCGUUUUCUUCUCCGUCCGGCAACAACGACAUAUCGUCUUCAAGUGGUUCGUCACGGGAUUCGGCGCGCGAGUUCAAUAUAGAGGCAUUGGACCCGCUCACAUCUGAGGACUUUGCAUGGCUUCCUCUCACGACCACAGGCUGUUUGUCGGGACCGCAAUGUGCAGCACUUAGCGCUAAUCUUCACACUUACUUAUCCUUCUAUGCACCACCAACUUUGCCGACGGAUGACGAAGUCACAAUGGGGGACAUCCUAACGUAUACUACCAAGGUGGCCCGCGAGUUUCGCACGCUGCGGUAUGAUGACAACAACGCACCGCUCAUGUAUGUCUGCAUUCAGGUUGGGCAAGCGUCCUGCAGCGCCUUGCUAGAUAGCGACGCAUCUCGCAACUUCAUGAGCCAGUCUUUUAUGCAAAGGGUUGGCCUUGGCACACAAGUUCGGAGGAAGGCAAACCCGACGGCGAUCAAGUUGGCGGAUGGAAAGACGCAACAACUUCUCGACCGUUACAUCGAGGCCGUACCGGUCUACUUCGCACCUCAUGCAUGCGAACCGUUGACAUUCGAUAUUCUCGACACAGACUUCGACAUCAUUCUGGGAAUGCCUUGGCUUGCAAGUGCGGAUCACACGGUCAACUUCCGUCGGCGGACUCUUAGCAUUCGCGACGCCUUCGGCGCGGAAGUGACGUGUACUAUUCCUCUACCGCACUCUUCGAUCCGGUGCCAAGUGGUGACGGCCAAAUCAUUUUGGGCGACUUGCGCUUACGAGCAGUCCGAGGAGAUCAGCCUAUGUUUCCUACGGACCGUCGCGGUAGCCAGCUUUUCACCCACAGACUUGUCUUCAGACCCCCGUGUGGUACGGUUGCUGGACGAGUUCACCGACAUCUUCGAGUCACCUACCGGUGUGGUGUCGGGUCGGCCGAUCUCUCACGAGAUCAUUUUUGAGGUCGAUGUCGUGCCGCCGAAAGGUUGCAUCUAUCGGAUGAGCGAGGAGGAGCUUGAGGUCCUCCGCGCACAACUCGAUGAUUUGUUGGCCAAGGGCUGGAUCCGCCCGAGUAGCUCCCCAUAUGGAGCACCAGUUCUCUUCGUCAGGAAAAAGAACAAGGAUCUACGAUUGUGUAUCGACUACCGCAAGCUCAACUUGCAAACCGUCAAAAAUAGGUCUUGCGGAUAUACGACCCGCUCGCGCCUACACUGGCAGCCGGUUGAAUACUUCAGCAAGAAAGUGCCUUUUGUGCAUUCCAUUGACGAUGCACGCAAGAAAGACCUCCUCGCCUUCAUCCAUGCGCUCAAGCGGUGGCGGCACUUCCUCCUUGGUCGAAGCCAGUUUCGAUGGGUAACGGACAACAAUCCAUUGGUCUUCUACAAGACCCAAAACACUGUCAACAGCACCAUUGCUCGAUGGAUGGCUUUCAUCGACAAGUUCGACUUCUUUCCCGAUCACAUUCUCGGAAAGUCGAACCGUUUUGCGGAUGCUCUUUCAUGGCGUCCGGAUCAUUGUACCGCAGUCUACUCAACCUUCGAGAUCGACGACGACCUGCGGAACAGCUUCAUCCGCGGCUACCAAGCCGACCCCGAGUUUCGCGAAAGUACGCGAAUUGCUCCUCUUCUAAUCCGACUCCUUCUCACUACCGGAUCCAAGAGGGGUACUUGCUUGUCCACACGCGGGGGAAGGACCUUCUUUGCGUACCAAGUGAUCCUCACUUGCGUACACGGCUUCUUGGCGAGUUCCAUGACGCUCCCGCUACUGGACAUUUUGGAGUCAAUCGCACGAUUGGCCGACUUCGCCAGCGAUUUUGGUGGUCCGGCCUUCUCGGCGACGUCACACGCUAUUGAGAGUCAUGCGAGGUUUGCCGACGCUGUAAAUCCCGCAACCAUCGUCCGUACGGCGAGUUACGACCAUUGCCAGUCCCGUUGCGGCGAAGGGAAGCGAUUGCCAUGGACAUGACCGGCCCGUUCCCCAAGCACAAGACCA